GGGGCGUGGCCGCGGCCCCCAGGAAAGCCGGGGGCGGGGCCGCCUGGAGCAUGAAGCGGGGGCGCUCGGCUCUCCUGCCUCACAGCUGCCGCGCGCCGGUGGGGGGAGCGUCCCCCGACUCCCGGCCGGCGUGCAGCCCUCUGACCCUGGACUUUCUCUGCCGCCGGAAACCGUCCGCUCGGGUCGUCGCCGGGGCCGUCCGCCGUUCCUGGCCCUGAGGGGCCCGGCCGACCGCGGCCAGGGUAGAGGUCAACAUGAGCUGGGGGCUCCUCUGGGCCGGCGCCGGGCAGGGGGCGGCGGUCGCAGUGCAGCUGUUGGUCACCCUGAGCUGCCUCCCGAGCGUUGUCGAGGCCCAGGUCACUGGAGUUCUGGGUGAUUGUUUGUGUGAUAUUGACAGCAUUGAUAACUUCAACACCUACAAAAUCUUCCCCAAAAUAAAAAAAUUGCAAGAGCGAGACUACUUCCGCUAUUACAAGGUUAAUUUGAAGCGACCAUGUCCUUUCUGGGCAGAAGACGGCCAUUGUUCAAUAAAAGACUGUCAUGUGGAACCCUGUCCAGAGAGUAAAAUUCCAGUUGGAAUUAAAGCUGGGCAUCCUAAUAAGAGUUACAGAGAGACAGAAAGAGAUCUUCAAUCUGCUGUUUCACUCCCCAAAUGGCCACAACGGCUGGGGCUGUGCCAGGCCAAAAUGAGGAGCCAGGAGCCAGGAGCUUCUUCCAGGUCUCCCACAUGGGUGCAGGGGCCCAAGGACCCGGGCCAUCUUCUGCUGCUUUCCCAGUACUUGAAAGUGGCAAACAAUACCAAAGAAUUAGAAGAUUGUGAGCAAGCUAAUAAACUGGGAGCAAUUAACAGCACCUUAAGUAAUCAAAGCAAAGAAGCUUUCAUUGACUGGGCAAGAUAUGAUGAUUCACAGGAUCAUUUUUGUGAACUUGAUGAUGAGAGAUCUCCAGCUGCUCAGUACGUAGACCUAUUGCUGAACCCAGAGCGUUACACCGGCUAUAAAGGGUCCUCUGCAUGGAGAGUGUGGAACAGCAUCUAUGAAGAAAACUGUUUCAAGCCUCGAUCUGUUUAUCGUCCUUUAAAUCCUCUUGCACCUAGCCGAGGUGAAGAUAAUGGAGAAUCAUUCUAUACGUGGCUAGAAGGUUUGUGUCUGGAGAAGAGAGUCUUCUAUAAGCUUAUAUCAGGACUUCAUGCUAGUAUCAAUUUACAUCUGUGUGCAAAUUAUCUUUUGGAAGAAACUUGGGGUAAACCUAGCUGGGGGCCUAAUAUCAAAGAAUUUAAACGCCGCUUUGACCCUGUGGAAACCAAGGGGGAAGGUCCACGAAGGCUAAAGAAUCUGUACUUUUUAUACUUGAUUGAACUUCGGGCUUUGUCAAAGGUAGCGCCAUAUUUUGAGCGCUCAAUUGUCGAUCUUUACACUGGAAAUGUAGAAGAAGAUGCUGACACAAAAAGCCUCCUACUGAAUAUCUUUCAAGAUACAAAGUCUUUUCCUAUGCACUUUGAUGAGAAAUCCAUGUUUGCUGGUGACAAAAAGGGAGCCAAAUCUUUAAAGGAAGAAUUUCGGUUACAUUUCAAGAAUAUCUCCCGUAUUAUGGACUGUGUUGGAUGUGAUAAAUGCAGAUUAUGGGGGAAAUUACAGACUCAGGGUUUAGGAACUGCCCUGAAGAUAUUAUUCUCUGAAAAAGAAAUUCAAAAGCUUCCAGAGAAUAGUCCAUCUAAAGGCUUCCAACUCACUCGACAGGAAAUAGUUGCUCUUUUAAAUGCCUUUGGAAGGCUUUCUACAAGUAUACGAGAGUUACAAAAUUUUAAAGUCUUACUUCAGCACAGUAGGUGCCAUUGUAUGUAAGAAAGAACAGCUAUUUUGGUCUUCAUCAGCAUUGCCUUCGGCUGGAAAUUUGGGAACAGUUCACAGUAAACCUCUCAGAAGUUUGCAAACUGAAGUAUCUGCAGAAACUGUAGCUAUUCACCAAAAAACAUACAGAUUAGAUGCAUGGUAUCAUGAAAAUUAUUUGGUACAAAACACACAAACCUAUACGUACUCUAAAGUAGUAUCUACAGGUGCACCUUUGAUUUGAACAAAAUUCCAAAUAAUUUGCUGUUAUACCUGCCAGAUUCUGGAAAAUGUGAAUUAAAGUACAUGUUUCUGCCA